GUGAUCCAAUCCCAGCCUCACCCAUCUUCUUCGUCUUUUUGCGCAUUUCUUCACUCACUUACACCUGUCUCCAACAAAAAACAAGCUUACAGAGGAAUAUAAUAAGCGCACUCUCCUCUUCUGGUUUUUGUCGCCUCUCUUUAAUCAUCCCAAAUAAGAACGAGAAAAUGGUGAUGUUCAAGGCUUUAUGCGUAGAAACCACGCCUUUCGAUGGCCAGAAACCAGGAACUUCUGGUCUCCGCAAAAAGGUGAAAGUCUUUAUGCAACCUGGCUAUUUACAAAACUUUGUUCAGGCCACAUUCAAUGCCCUUACAGCAGAUAAAGUUAGAGGUGCUACUCUUGUUGUUUCUGGUGAUGGCCGCUAUUUCUCAAAGGAUGCCAUUCAGAUUAUUAUUAAGAUGGCGGCUGCAAAUGGGGUAAGACGUGUCUGGGUUGGCCAAAACGGAUUGCUGUCAACUCCUGCUGUAUCAGCUGUAAUUCGGGGAAGAGUUGCUGCAGAUGGAUCCAGAGCAACAGGAGCUUUUAUAUUGACAGCUAGUCACAACCCUGGUGGUCCUACUGAGGAUUUUGGAAUUAAAUAUAACAUGGAAAAUGGUGGACCUGCUCCAGAGGCAAUCACUGAUAAGAUAUAUGAGAACACAAAAACAAUAAAGGAAUACUUAAUUGCAGAAGAUCUUCCAGAUGUGGAUAUCACCACUACAGGGGUAACAACGUUUUCAGGCCCAGAGGGACAAUUUGAUGUUGAUGUUUUUGACUCCGCAAAUGACUAUGUGAAACUGAUGAAGUCAAUUUUUGAUUUCGAGUCUAUCCGAAAGUUGCUUUCAUCUCCGAAGUUUACUUUCUGCUAUGAUGCUUUACAUGGAGUUGCUGGAGCUUACGCAAAAUGUAUCUUUGUGGAAGAGCUUGGUGCCCAAGAAAGUUCAUUAUUGAACUGCACUCCCAAGGAGGACUUCGGGGGAGGGCAUCCAGAUCCCAAUCUGACUUAUGCAAAGGAGUUGGUUGCUCGUAUGGGACUGGGUAAAUCAGAUUCUGGGUUUGAGCCACCGGAGUUUGGUGCUGCUGCUGAUGGUGAUGCAGACCGUAACAUGAUUCUCGGUAAAAGGUUCUUUGUUACUCCAUCAGACUCGGUUGCCAUAAUUGCUGCAAAUGCAGUUGAUGCAAUUCCCUAUUUUUCUGCGGGUCUAAAGGGCGUUGCCAGGAGUAUGCCAACCUCAGCUGCUCUUGAUGUUGUGGCCAAGAACUUGAAUUUGAAAUUUUUUGAGGUUCCCACUGGCUGGAAAUUUUUUGGUAAUUUAAUGGAUGCUGGAUUGUGUUCAAUCUGUGGGGAAGAAAGUUUUGGAACAGGCUCGGACCAUAUCCGUGAAAAGGAUGGAAUCUGGGCAGUUCUUGCAUGGCUGUCUAUACUUGCUUAUAAGAAUAAGGAUAACCUUGAUGGGAGAAAGCUUGUGAGCGUUGAAGACAUAGUCCGCCAACACUGGGCUGCUUAUGGUCGUCACUAUUAUACUCGAUAUGACUAUGAGAAUGUGGAUGCGGCUGCAGCAAAGGAAUUGAUGGCAUAUUUGGUCAAGUUGCAGUCCACACUUCCUGAAGUUAAUCAGAUCGUGAAGGGAAUAUGCUCUGAUGUAUCAAAUGUUGCUGCUGCGGAUGAAUUUGAAUACAAAGAUCCAGUUGAUGGUUCUGUAUCAAAGCACCAGGGCAUUCGAUAUCUCUUUGAGGAUGGCUCACGAUUGGUUUUCCGUUUAUCAGGAACUGGUUCUGAAGGUGCAACUAUCCGUCUCUACAUUGAACAGUAUGAGAAGGAUCCAUCAAAAACAGGGAGAGAUUCUCAAGAAGCACUUGCUCCUCUUGUGGAGGUUGCACUCCAGCUUUCUAAGAUGCAGGAGUUCACGGGCCGAUCUGCACCAACCGUUAUUACAUAGAUGCUCAACAUACCCAACAAUAAUAGUAAUAAUUUUAAGCGUCAUCCUCUGAGGUCACGACGUCAAACACUGUAUUGGCUGGUAGUUGGCCUAAAUUUGAGUAUUCUCAUCCUAUCGUAUGCACGGCUUAUGACAAAAAUUUUGACGUAAAAAAUAAUUUGGGUCUUCUGAUACAUGUUUGAUUUCACAAGUUCUAAUUUUUUUUUUUUUUUUUUAUCUAUUCAGAAAAUUAGUUGCCUGGUUUCUAUCGUGUUUGUAUGGGCUAAUUCUGUCGCCAGUGUAGAGUUAAUGAAUUAUCUUUCUUUGCCU